AUGGGGCUCCGGUCCAGGACCUCCGCUAGCGGCUCGGAGGCGCAGAGGAAGCCCCCCGGCGCGCCUCCUCCCGGGGAGCUGUUGGACCAAGGCGGCGGCGGGGUGGACAAGGAUGGCGCGCAGCUGCUGGCUGGACCGGUCCGGGGCUCUCAAGGCAUCGGAAUCGGACUACUGGCCAAAACCCCCCUGAGUUACACCCGGCCCGUAAAGAGGAAUACCAUCCGCAGGAGGAGGGUCCAGAACCUGGUCUACGACGCCCUGGAGAGGCCGAGAGGAUGGGCGCUGCUCUACCACGCCUUCGUGUUUUUAAUCGUUCUGGGAUGUUUGAUUCUGGCCAUUCUGACCACCUUCAAAGAGUACGAGAAGGAUUCUGCUCACUGGCUCCUGGUUCUGGAAACCUUUGCCAUCUUCAUAUUCGGAGCGGAGUUUGCUCUGAGGAUCUGGGCGGCGGGCUGCUGCUGUCGAUACAAGGGAUGGAGGGGGAGGCUGAAGUUCGCUCGCAAACCGUUGUGUAUUUUAGACAUCUUCGUGCUGAUUGCCUCCGUGCCGGUGGUGGCUGUGAGGAACCAGGGCAACGUGUUGGCCACGUCGCUGCGCAGCCUGCGGUUCCUGCAGAUCCUGCGGAUGCUGCGUAUGGACCGGAGAGGAGGAACCUGGAAGCUGCUGGGUUCUGCCAUCUACGCUCACAGUAAGGAGCUGAUCACAGCCUGGUACAUCGGCUUCCUGUCUCUGAUCCUGGCGUCCUUCCUGGUCUACCUGGUGGAGAAGGACGACGUCUCCGUCAACGUCUCCGACCAGGAAAACCCCACGGUACAGCCCCAGACUCAGGACUUCGACACGUACGCCGACGCUCUGUGGUGGGGGCUGAUCACGCUGACCACCAUCGGGUACGGGGACAAGACCCCCAAAACCUGGGCUGGGAGACUGCUGGCCGGGACCUUUGCUCUGAUUGGAGUGUCCUUCUUUGCUCUGCCUGCAGGGAUUCUGGGUUCUGGUUUGGCUCUGAAGGUCCAGGAGCAACACCGGCAGAAGCACUUUGAGAAGCGCAGACAUCCGGCAGCCGGCCUCAUCCAGUCGGCCUGGAGAUAUUACUCCACCAACCCAAUCAGGGAGGACCUCAUCGCUACCUGGAGGUUUUAUGAAACCAUCAUCUCUCUGCCCUGCUUCAGGAAGGACACGCUGGAGGCCAUGGUGAGCCAGAAGGUGAGUUUACUGGAGCGAGUUCGUCUUUCCAACGCGAGGCCGUCGGUGGCGACGGGCAAGAAGCUCGCGGGCGAGUCCGUCGAAGAGAGUCCCUCCAAGGAGCCCAAACCUGCCGGCUUCAGCAACCGGGAACGCUUCCGCACGGCCUUCCGCAUGAAGGCCUCCACGCUCCGGCAGAGCUCUGAAGACGCUGGAGCCCUGACUGACCCAGCCUUAGAGGAUCGAGGGUUCCCCCCAGACAUCCUCCUGGAGGAGAUGAUCCCGACCCUCAAACUAGUCAUCAGGGCCGUCAGGAUCAUGCAGUUCCUCCUGAACAAGAAGCAGUUUAAGGAAACUCUGAGGCCUUAUGACGUCAAAGACGUGAUCGAGCAGUACUCCGCCGGACACCUGGACAUGCUCUGCAGAAUUAAAUACCUCCAGACCAGGAUCGACAUGAUUCUCGCCCCUGGACCUCCCCUCACCCCUAAAAGCAAGAAGACCCAGAAAACUCCCUUUAACUACCCGUCCAAUCAGUCGCCCAGGCAUGAGUCCUACAUAGCCAAAGCCACCUCCAUGCCAGAUGCUGAAGACCAAAGCAUGAUGGGUAGAUUUAUCAGGGUGGAGAGACAGGUGGAGGACAUGGAGAAGAAGUUGGACUUCCUGGUGGACAUGCACAUACAGCACACCGAGCAUCUGCAGGUGGACUCGGCCGGCACCGCCCGCAUGACCCUGGAGGCCUGCGACUCCACGGUGAACGGUGAGAUCAGGCGGGUUUUCCUCAACUACUCCGAGGUGUUCCCCCACCUGUCGUACCAGGUUCCGGUCGGGAAGGAGAGCCUGAGCUGCGGAGGAGGACGAGGAGUUGGAGACCGGGCGGUGGCAGCGGCAGGAAGCUGUCCUCCGGCCGCCGUCGCCCGGUACACAGAGCGUCCGACGGUGUUGCCCAUCAGUUCCCUGCAGGACUUGUCGGUGGGGCCGGGCAGGACCACAGGGGGGCGGGGGGGUGACUCACCGCUCUCCAUGUUGUCUGUGAACCACGAGGAGCUGGAGCGCUCGCUCAGCGGGUUCAGCAUCUCCGGGGAGCGUGAAGGGGCGGACCUGUCGAUCGGGACUGGGAUGGCGACUGGCGAGGCCAGCUGGACGAGACCCAGGCCAAGUUACCUGGCGGAGGGGGAGACGGACACGGACACAGACCCGUUCACGCCUAGCGGGGGAGCCAUGCCUCUCUCCUCCACGGGGGAGGGUUUUGGGGACUCUGAGUGGAACACGCCGCCCUGA